AGUUGAUAUGGUGUUCGGGCUUGUUUAUUCCGUGAUUUCACAACAUGUCAGCAGUCAAAGUAGCAGACGAAAUUCAUUCGAAACGCAUGUGCUGAAAUGAUUAUCGAAAGUAAGCCCGGCGUCUCGUAUUGCAAUUUGUGACAUCAUUUAUUAUGGCAAAUUUGUACAAACGUUAUUUGAGAUUGUUGGACAAAUGGCCAGUUGAUCCCCUCAGAGAUCCAAAAACUGAAUUUGGUGCAUAUCUUCGAGAACAAGUAAAAAUAGCAUUUGCCAAAGGUGAUAAUUCAAAGAUAGAGAAUAAAGAAGAGUGCUUGAAAAACUUGGAAGCCUUAGAAAGAUUAGCGAAUAAUCAUUAUCAGAAAAAAUACCCAAUAACACCUACGGAUAAAACUGCUUCUGGACUAACUCUUGAACAGUGCCAGUUUGUUUUGAGUAAAGAGUAUUUAGAAUAUGCUGCAAAAAGAAAACUAGGUUUUUUUCAACGAUUAGGUGAAUCAGUAAAAAAUAUUUAUUUUCAGUAUCAAACACCAUCCCAAACUGAGAAAAAAUAA